CGAGUACAUUACACACUUCGGUGGUUUGUGACAAGGGCACUAUAGGCCCAGAGAAAAAUCUAUAUAGCAACGUUUAGCUGCGUGUUGUAUGCGUUUGUUGGUCCAACAGGUAACAAUGCAGGGAGUGUGGACUCUCAGCGAGUGUUUUACCCGAUCAGAUAGAUUUGACGAAGAAGUUCUUCAGAAGUAAUGAGACUCGAUCAGGAACUUCAGAUCAGCCCAAAUGGAUGAAAUGUCAAAAGGACUCUUGGGAACGGUAAUUAACGGAUAGAAAGAAAUCAACGACAGGGUACAACAAUUACACCAGUAUACAUUAUUCAUAGCGUGGAUCCUGAAAGUGUUCUGGGUAUUUUCAGUUUCGACACUGUUCUUUUAGUAUUGAUGGCGUACCGCAAUAAUUAAGUCAUUAUAAGACACGAACACCGGCUGUGAUGUUUUUCUUCGGGGGAUUUGAUGCUUAGAACGUUCGGUUCUGUGAGGAAUCAAGUUUGUGACAAGUGAACCCUAGUCCAUGACAAUGCAUCCAAAACCGAAGAGCGCACCACCUCGGAUUAAAUCUAAGUUCAUGUCUAAUAAGUCGAAUGCAAUGAAGGAGAUGGAAGCGUGGGUAAAAAAGGAUGCAGAUCCACUCGGAGCUAAUCACGAAGCGUCCAGAAUGUCUGGUCAACUGGUUGAUAAUGUUACCGAGGAACGAAUGCUAAAGUCGAAACUAUGGGAUCUUUCGAAAGAGAGGUACAAAUUCCUCUCCCAGAAUGCCUACGAGAAGAAGGUGUUCGUCGACAGAAUGCAGCGGAAGUCCAGUGUCUUCAAACGUAUGUUAACUCAGAGUGAUACAAUGAGCAGUAGGAGGUCUUCUAUAGAGAACAGUGAUUCCAGUGUGUCUUCGUACCGUGUUAAGGGACCGGGGAAAUAUACCAAUGCGCGUCAGGCGUUUCUUGAGAGGAUGGAUCCGAAAAAUGGACGCGAUAGGCCGAGGGAAUUGCGGAACGGCGAUCAUGGUUUAAAGGGUAAAUCAGUGACGUUUAUACCAGAUCUGGUCACAGAGAUGGCCGCGAAAUCAUCAGGGGCCUUUAAGCUACCAGGAACACACAGUGUGAAACCUUGGGCCAACGAAUCACUGGCAACCGAGGCCCCACGAUUACCAAACGUUGUUGUUUCGGCGGCGGGUCUUUCUGCAGCCUCAGUAACGAUGCUCGGUGCAAUUGGACGAGAAUCGGCCGGUGGUGGAGUUAAAACAUGGGCUAAGAAAGGAUCGUCAAGGAGAUACGGUAUGAGCAUGGAUAGUUUAACAAACGACAGACGUUAUAGUAAUUUGGAACAUGCGCUUACACCAAUAAAGGACUACCAGACUUCAUUUGAUGUGAAAGACAUCGUGAAGAACAUGGACUGUCUCCACAUCCCCCCGCGAAAGCCGAAAGAGAGCAAACCAAAGAUCGGAAUGAAAGCUAUGGACUUUAUGAAGGAAAGGGGUUUUGCAUUUUGAAAUUGGUCUUCUCGAAAUGGUAAAAUUGAAAGGUAAUAGUGCUUUCAUGAAGUGCACCUUAAUUCGUGAUGUGCCUGUUGUUUGCUGCUGCCAAGAGAUAACUUUAUCUCAAUGUGUACAAUACUGGCAGGCAUGAUGUAAUCCUCUGCUACAGUACAGUGACAUGUUUAUACAGAACGUGACCCUUGUCUUUCGACAUUAAUGAAGAGCUUAGAGCUAAAAGGGGCCAAAAUGCACCUUGGCCCUUUUUGCAUAUUAUUGCAUAAAUAACACCUAUGAGUUCUUGUCUACCUGUAGAAAAAAUAUUGUAUGUUUUCAUUAAUGGGUUUUUAAAAUAUAGCUACUUACAAUUCUAUAAAAGGGCCAAAAGAAAGUUUCAAAAGGGCCAUAGUCACUUUGUUAGAUUUUGGCCCUUUUAGCUCUCAUUUCCGUGUGUGGUUGAGACUGGUUGUUUGAGAGAGAUUUUGAAAGUUUGUCUCCUUAUUAUCAUAUUUCAACUAUUU